GAGUCCUGACCUACCAAACCCGACCAAACGCGGAUCCAAGUCUCUCCUUGUCUCGUCCAGUACAAGGAACACUCAGACGAAAGGUCGCACGCACUUCCCCUGAUCUUCACCCCCUUUCUUCCAAAUCUGCAGCCACUAAGCCAAAUCGCCGCCGAUUUCGUCGGCAGCAGCAUACGACUAGAGCGGGCGCCAGCUCCCCAUUUCUCCCAAAUCUGCAGCCACUACGCCCAAUCACCGGUAGCUUACGACUAGAGCUUAUGACUAGCCCGUCCAUCACGGUGAUGACACUCAAUCUGCAAGAGGGGGAUCAGCCGAGCGGGAGCCCAAACUGCUGGGAGAAUCGCCGCGACAUCUGUGUCAGCGUCAUCACCAGCUACUGCCCUGCUAUCCUCUGCACCCAACAAGGUUUCAGGUGUCAGCUAGAUUACCUACAGCAGUGCCUGCCUGGUUAUGAGCAAUUUGGCAUUUCAAGAAAAGGCUCAGAAGACACCAGUGAUGAAUACUGCACAAUAUUAUAUGAAAAAGAGAAGGUGGAGCUUACGGAAGGUGGUACCUUUUGGUUAUCAGAAUCUCCUUCAGUGCCUGGAAGCAUAUCAUGGGGAGCAACUGCACCCUGCAUUGCUACAUGGGCAACAUUUCGACUGAAAAGAGUCGAACCACCUGGGUUCAGUUUCCAGAUUGUAAAUACAAAUCUUGAUGUAGAUAGCCCUCGUGCUCGUAGAAGAAGUGCUUUGCUUACGUGGCAACAUAUAGCAUCUUUGCCACCCAACCUGCCUGUGAUCUACUGUGGAGGCUUCAACACACAAAAGGAAUCUAUGACCGGCCGCUUUUUGCUUGGCAGAUCCAGAGAACAUGGUGUUGUGGGUGAUAUGAGAGAUGCUUGGCCAAAUGCUCGUGUGCGCAAAAAUGUCUCACUUAUACACACAUAUCAUGGAUAUAAAGGGGAGAAACAAGGUGCUCUAGAAUUUCUAAAACUAGUGUUUAGAGCUCUUUGCCUCUGCUGGGAUAGACAAACUCAGGACUUGCAUAUUGACUGGAUACUGUUUAGGGGACGUCCACUGGUUCCUGCACUAUGUGAAGUCAUAAAUGACAACAUAGACGGUGUUUAUCCAUCGUCCCAUUUCCCCAUCUUUGCCGAGUUUUUGCUUCCGCGUUCAGUCCGCUUAGUCGAGACGACACCUUCAUAGUGUAUUCUUCUUACCAAUUUUUUUUUCUUGCUACGUUUUACAGCUUUAUUUUGUUUUUGACCAACUUGUUUACUUCUAUAUAACCAGCUUGUUGGUCUGGAAAGAAUCCUCUUGUCCAUGGCAACAACUGCCUUUGCAGUCUAUCAUAAUUCUGUUUAUUGAGGUUAUGAUUUUAUUUCGCA